AUGGCGUUCCUGAAAUCUCUCCAAAAACAAGCCAUCAAUUUGAACAAAUCAGUUGGAGACUUAAUAGUUGAUGAGCCCUAUGUUAUACGGGCAAUGAACGAGGUGGUGACAAAAUAUGGGCUGUCCAUAGCGUGCCAGCUGGUGGACAACACUUCAGGUGGUGUCAUAAAUAUAUUUUUACCAAAAUACAUCACCAUCUCAAAGGCAGAAGCUGAAGAAUACAAUAUGGGAAAAUUAGCUAUAUCUUUAAUUUUUCGCGGAAAAACUAAUGGCCGGUUUAUUAUAGACUUUGAAUAA